AUGAGCUGCAAGAUUCUUCCCGACUUUGUGAAACACAUGAAGCGUGAUUCCUCUGGCAGGGGAUUCACCCACCUCGGCAAGGAUGGUGUAUUGCGUACCAUCUCAGGCGACUACAAGGUCCUCGACGCGCGCGGCCUCAACCCCGAACAGAUCAAGAAUAUUUUGGAUUUUAUGCCCGAGGAGGUUCAAAAAGUGGACUUUCGUGACGUGGAUGGCACAAAGGUGACAAGCCACGAAGCAUUAUUUCAUCCAGCGCCGGGAAUUCUGCCGACGAAACCGGACGAGAAGGAGGCUGCGGAGAGGCGGAAGUUGGUGAAGCAGAGUCAGGCGGCCUACCUGCAGGCGAAGAGGAAGGAGUACGAACUAUGA